AUGCAGACUCUGUUUGCAUAGUAGUAGCAGUCAUAAUAGAAUGAGGAAGAGUUUUACAAAAACUUAACUCAGAAAUAUUAAGUUUCACUGAGCUAUGAAACUGAUCUUGCAAAUUGUCCUGAAAUAGAACCAUAUAGAAUGAAUUUAUUAGCUGUUUCUCACAUCAACAAAUGUUUGUUUGUAGGUUGUGGAUAUUCAAUUAAAUGUUACAAGAUUGCAGAGAAUGGUAGCAUUGAUUUUAAGCAAAAUUAUGAACUUCUUUAAGUGCAAGAUUAAGGAGAUAAUAUGAUAAAUUAGCUAAAACUCGCUUAUUUUAAAAAUAGGGAAAUCUUAGUUACAGUAGAUAUGGUAGGAAAAAUAACUGUUUUCAAUGUAAAUAAUUUAAAGUAAUAGCCACUUAGUCUUGAUAAUCGCUACGAAAACAUUUCAGAUUGUUCUACUUGGAGUCUUGACGCCCUUUUGUUGGAAGGCUGCGCUUUACUUGCUUGUGGGUCAAAUGCUCAUAAAAUAUCUGUUUGGGACUUAACUCAUAUAUACAAUCUUUAGGAUUAUUAAUUAGGCUUAGCUGAAAAACCUGAAAGGAAAGUAAUUGAAGGGAUACACCACAAUGUUCCAUGCAUAAAGUUUAGUCCUUGUGGAACAUUCUUGGCUGCAGUGAGUAUAGAUUAAACAGUGAGAAUUUAUAGAGUUUCAGAUUGUGAGCAAAUAGCAUAAUCUAAGUUUAAGGAUUGGGGAUGGAGCGUUAACUGGGCUUUAAAAUAAAAUGUUAUUAACUUUAAUAUUCAGAUACAAGACAUUCAGUAUACAAACGUCAUAAACUCUACAGUCAACAAUCAUAACCAGACUUUAAAUAAACUGUAAAAAUAUCUUUUAAUAUGUAGCACUACACAUGAAUUCCAUCUUAUUGAUCCUGUUCCUCUGUUAGAAGAUGAAUAAACUAGCAAUUAAUAGCAAACAAGGGCAAUAUCAAUGUAGUAAGUUCAUAGUAUAAAUUUUGGACUUAAAAAAAACUAUAAAUAUGGCAGUAUUGCAAGAUAUUCGCUUGUACAUUUUGAUUAAGAAUUUAACUUGGCUGUGGCAACUCCUUAGCAUACUCCUCUUGUUGAUUGCUUUGAGUUAAUAUUUGAUAUAUCUACUAAAUAAUUUAAAAUGCAAAGGACAAACAUUCAUCUAAGAGAUUAAAUAACUGGUUAUAUAAUUGGCAGCAGUCUUCUCUCUAAACCCUCUUCAUCUCCUUUCUGUAAGACAGCUAGUUUAUUUAUACUAAACAAACUAAAAAAAGUUCACUUAUUCUAAAUACAGAAACUAAUAUAAUCAAAUUCUAAAGAAUUAAAUGAAGUAGCAGAUUAUAGUGAAAUUUGCAUUUGA